AUGUCGUCAAUCACCAAGCCGGAAGCCCAACCAACCCUUGAGAGCAAGCAACACCCAACACCCGAGAAGCGACGCAGAGUGUUCAGUCUAUCACGGAGGUCUUCGGGAAAGAGUUUCAGCAUGGCGGCCAAGACCGUCGAGAUCCCGGAGCCGCCCCGCGUGCCGCUCCUCGGCAAUGUUACGGACAUUGACAUGGAGUACCCGUUGGGAUCGUUCCUCCACUUCGCUAACAAAUAUGGCCCCAUUUAUAGAGUAGACAUUCUCGGACAGAAGUUGGUCUGGGUUAACACACACGUUCUGGUUAACGAAAUUUGUGACGACAAGCGAUUCAAGAAGAGUAUAGAGGGCGACUUGGAGAUUCUGAGAGAAGCAGUACACGAUGGUCUGUUUACAUCCAAAGGAGUGGAAGAAGAGAACUGGGGAGUGGCCCAUCGAGUUCUGAUGUCAGCUUUCGGUCCACUCUCUAUCAGAGGAAUGUUCGACGACAUGCACGAUAUUGCUGCACAAUUGGCUAUGAAGUGGGCCCGACACGGGUCUUCAACGCCCAUCCCAAUCGGCGAAGACAUGACGAGACUCACAAUGGACACUGUGGCACUAUGUUCCAUGGGCUUCCGAUUCAACUCGUACUACCGCGAAGAAACGCAUCCUUUCAUCACUGCCAUGUACGCAGUGUUGAAGGAAGCUGGCGACAAGGGUCUUCGAGUCCUCCCUCAGGUGUUCUACAAGAAGCAGGACAAGAAGUUCAAGCAGAACAUCAACAUGCUGCGCACUACAGCAAGAGAGGUUUUAGAAACUCGUCGCUCGGACCCGACCGGCGCGAACGGACGCAAAGAUCUGCUGACGGCUAUGCUCAACACUACCGACCCUGUCACCGGUCGGAAGAUGACUGAUGACAGUAUCAUUGACAACUUGAUCACUUUCCUCGUCGCCGGCCACGAGACGACUGCAGCAACUUUCGCCUUCACCAUGUAUUGGAUGAUCAAGCGUCCGGAGGAGUACCGCAAGGUUCAGCAAGAGGUGGAUAGUGUCGUCGGAGAUGGUCCUAUUCGUCUGGAGCAUGUGAGCAAGCUGAAGUAUUUGUCUGCUGUACUUCGAGAGACUCUCCGCUUCAGUGCUCCUAUCCCGGGCUUCGGUAGAGAAGCAAUGAAGGAUGAGAUCAUCGGCGGCAAGUACCCCGUCAAAGCCGGUGAGAUGAUCGUUGCGAACCUGGCCAAAUCCCACUUUGACCCGGCGGUCUAUGGUGAUGAUGCCGACGAGUUCAAGCCCGAGAGGAUGCUGGAUGAGAACUUUGACCGUCUGAUGAAGGAGUUCCCCAACUGUUGGGCUCCCUUCGGCACAGGCAUGCGUGGUUGCAUUGGCCGUGCAUUCGCUUGGCAAGAGAUGCUGCUCGCCCUGGCGGUUCUAUUCCAGAACUUCAACUUUGUCGCUCACAACCCCAACUACGAUCUCAAGGUCGCCCAGACGCUCACCAUUAAGCCGAAGGACUUUUGCAUCCGCGCGAUUCUGAGAGAAGGUCUUACACCUGCGCUUCUUGAAGCGAGAUUGGCGGGCUCUAUCGUUGCGACAGGAGCCAGCGCGAAGGCUGCACCAAAGACCCAAGUCGAGAAGACCACAUCUAAGAGCAACGGCACCUCGAAGGGCGGGAAUCUGGCUGUGUUUUACGGUUCGAACUCGGGCACGUGCGAGUUCAUGGCUCAACGACUUGCCAGUGACGCUCAAUCGCACGGCUUUAGUGCCACAGUCGACUCUCUCGACACCGCCCGGGAGGCUCUUCCGACUGAUCGUCCCGUGGUCAUCGUCACAUCUUCCUACGAAGGACAGCCACCGCACAACGCAGCCCUGUUUGUUGACUGGUUGACCAACCUGAAGGGCAAGGAGCUUGAGAACGUUUCAUAUGCCGUUUACGGUUGUGGACAUGCUGAUUGGGUGAAAACACAUCAGCGCAUUCCCAAGCUCGUCGACUCAUCGCUAGCUGAGCGUGGUGCAACCCAGCUGGUUCCUCUCGAGACGACUGAUGCCAAGGACCGCGACAUGUUUUCCGACUUUGAAGCAUGGGAAGACGACAUGCUGUGGCCCGCCCUGGUGAAGCGCUUUGGUGGCCAGACUCAGGCAGAUGACACCAACCUCUCUGAGGCGGGCAUUUCGGUCUCCUUCUCAACUCCCCGAACAUCGACUCUUCGCCAGGAUGUUAGAGACGCACUCGUCCUAGACUCCCGCCCCCUUGUCCAGGGAAACGUUGGUCCUGUCAAGAGGCAUAUGGAGAUUCAGUUACCAACAAACAUGCGCUACUCGGCAGGUGAUUACAUGGCUGUGCUCCCGCACAACCCAAAGGAUACAGUCGCCAGAGUAAUGCGCCGCUUCCAUCUGACCUGGGACUCGCACGUCAUCAUUCAGGCUUCGGGCCCAACUACGCUGCCCAUCAACAACAGCAUUCCCGUCUCGGACGUUCUCAGCUCAUACGUUGAGCUGUGUCAAACCGCAACCAAGAGGAACAUCUCGGGGCUAGCGCAGCUGGCCAAGGAUGACAAGGUUCGCAGCGAGCUUCAACACCUCGCUAGCGAUAGCUACGACUCUGAAAUCAAGACCAAGCGAUUGUCUGUGCUUGAUAUCGCGGAGCGCUUUCCCGCGUUGACGAUUCCCUUCAAUCACUUUCUUCUCAUGCUGCCGCCCAUGCGGGUCCGUCAAUACUCGAUAUCAUCGUCACCACUGGCAGACCCUGGUGUCGCCACGCUCACAUAUGGUGUCUUGGACGAGCCCGCACUUUCAGGUCAAGGCAGACACAUCGGCGUAACUUCAUCCUACCUCUCAUCCUUGACGGCAGGCGAUAAGGUGCAGAUUGCUGUCCGCCCAGCACAAGGAGGCUUCAAGCUGCCCCCGAACAUGGACAAGACGCCCCUCCUCUGUGUCGCUGCCGGGACUGGUCUGGCACCCUUCCGUGCCUUCUUUCAGGAGCGUGCAAUCCUCAUUGGCAAUGGACUGCCCUUAGCGCCCGCUAUUCUCUUCUUCGGGUGCCGCGACCCGGCCGCGGACGACUUGUAUCGCGAAGAGUUUGACAGAUGGGAGGCUGCAGGAGUACUCACGGUCUACCGGGCAUACAGCCGGAAGCCCAAGGCCUCGGACGGAUGCAAGUAUGUUCAGCACCGCAUUUGGAAGGAGAGGGAGAUGCUCUACAGCCUUUGGGAUCAAGGUGCUCGAGUUUAUGUCUGUGGCUCUAAUCACGUCGCUGAGGGCGUGAGGGAUAUUGUGCUGAAGGCUGCGCAUGAGAAGAGCGAGAAGGACGACGGAAAACCGAUGACUGAGGAGGAGGCGGAAGAGUGGUUCAACAAUAUCCGCAACGAGCGGUAUGCUACCGAUGUCUUUGACUGA